UGACGAACUGACGUACAUUACUGCUUCAGCAGCUUCUUCCGUCAAUCCACAACCUACAUUCUCUUUGCCGCAUCAUUGGUGUGCGCUCAUCAUCAAAGUUCUAGCUCAGAGAAUCUGUGUAUAUUUUCAACAGUCUUUUUUUGCUACCUUCCUUUAGCCUACACCAUAUUUCACCAUGUCUAUAGCUCCGAUCAUUACCUUCAAAGCGGGUAUCUGUGACCUCGAGACGUCCGGUGAAACCUCCGUCGUCAAGCCAAAGCCCACCCCCGGUUACAUCUAUCUCUACUCCGAAGAUGAGCUGGUACACUUUUGCUGGCGCCCCAGAUCUGCUCCCCACACGGAACCCGAGCUCGACCUGGUAAUGGUUCCCUCGGAUGGUUGCUUCGUACCUUAUAAGCCUGUCGACUCUACAGCACCUACCAAUGGUCGUAUCUACGUCUUGAAGUUCUCCUCCAGCUCCCAACGGUACCUCUUCUGGCUACAAUCCAAGUCUCAGCAUGAGGACGGAAACCCGAGCUGGUUCAGCCAAAGAGAUCUUAAGCUAGGAGAGAUUGUCAACGGGCUGCUCCAGGGCGAAGAUGUGGAUGUAGAACAUGAGAUCGCCAACCUUCCCCGAGGCGGUCCCUCGGGCGGCGAUGACGACGAGACUAUGGAGGAUGUCGAAGGCGUGGACCAUGACCCGAACCACAACCACGGAGGGAACAGUGGAGGAGCAGGUCCGGAUGCGACUGGCGGUGAUGUUCGGGCGGAAGGCCAAGGAUCGAGGGAGGGUGGUGCCGAUGGUGGAAGAGCGGCCGCCGCUGACUCGGAUCCUUCAUCUGUCGUGCAGAGCUUCCUGCAGUCGCUGCAUGGAGGCUCGCGGCAAUCCCAAGACCCGGAGAGACCUUUCACUACUCUGCAAGAUCUACUUACAACCUCGACUACAUUGCCCUUCUUGGAAUCUGCGGACGAACAAAUGGUUGACAAUCUCCUGAGCUUCCUGCCGCCGUCGCUGCUUCUCCUAGCGCAGGACAAUGACCUCGAGGAAGCCGCGGCAGCUGAUCAGGACCCGGACAUCGCUCAAGCCGCCCUGGGAUCCCUCGAACUGACGCAAAAGAAGGAGAUUCUGCGCAAAGUUCUACACUCACCUCAAUUUGCGCAGAGUCUAGCAAGCUUGACGAUGGCGAUCAGGGAUGGUGGAUUACCGAGCAUCAGCGAGGCUCUAAAAAUUCCGGUUGCAAAUGGAGGAUUUAUGCGUAGAGGAGGGGUUCCAUUGGGUGGUGGUGAUGCUGUUGAGGCAUUCCUCCAAGGCGUUCGGGAUCAUGUUAAGGAUUCGGCUGAAGGAAACCGUAUGGACACCGAUUGAUUGGGUUCGAAAUAGCAGUGAUUAUGUUAUGUUGACAGGGUUCUUCUUAUUUUCCUUAUCUUUUUUUCUUUACUAUUAUUAUCUUCAGCCAGCCAUUCUGUAACUAUCCACUGAUGUUUUAGAAAUCCAUUAGCGGCCUUGCAUGGAUGUCUCAUCCCCUCCUAAGCAGAGAGAGACUUGUCAUGGGUUAUUUUUGGCAUGAGGUGGG